AUGGAAUACACACCAUUCCCUUGGUGGAGAUUGGUAAUCUAUGAUUUGUUAUUAUGGAUCUUGAACAUUACCUUUGAUUGUUUUUUCCGAGAGAUUCGAAGUAGAAAUGCUUUCAAAAUUCCAACAACUGGACCAGUGAUAUUUGUGGGAGCUCCUCAUGCUAACCAAUUUGUUGAUCCAGUUAUCUUGAUGAAUCAAGUUAAGAAAGAAAGUGGUAGAAGAAUAUCAUUCCUUAUUGCUGCUAAAUCUUAUAGAUUGAAAGUAAUUGGGUGGAUGUCGAAAUGUCAACUUUCAAUUCCUGUUGAAAGAGCUCAAGAUAACUUGAAACCUGCUAAAGGUAAGAUCUUUAUUGAUUUCAAUGAACCAAACUUAGUUAAAGGUGAAGGUACUGAAUUCACAAGCUUCUUAAAACCAAAAUGUUUAUUGGCUUUACCCAAUUCCUUAGGAGCUUCAGAAAUUGAUUCUGUUAUUGAUGAUACCACUUUACUCAUCCGUAAACCGUUCAAUAAGAGUGAAAAGAUCGUAGACUUGUUAUCUAAAGGUACUGGUUUCAAAUAUGCUGAGAAAAUUGAUCAAAAUGAAGUUUACCAUCAAGUUUUCAAUCAUUUAUCUCAUGGUAAUUGUUUAGGUAUAUUCCCUGAAGGUGGGUCACAUGAUAGAACUGAUUUAUUACCUAUAAAGGCCGGGGUGGCCAUUAUGGCUUUAGGAGCUAUGGCUAAUAAUCCUCAAUGUAAUGUAAAGAUUGUUCCUUGUGGAAUGAACUAUUUCAAUGCCCAUAAAUUCCGUUCAAGAGCUGUUAUUGAGUACGGUACACCCAUAGAAAUUCCUCGAGAAAUGAUUGAACGUUAUCAACAACCUGAAAACACAAAAGAAGUGGUCAAGGACUUACUUGACUUAAUUACCAGUGGAUUAAAAGCUGUCACUGUCACUUGUGACUCCUAUGAGACAUUAAUGGUGGUACAAGCCGCACGUAGAUUGUACGCUCAAAAUUUCGCUUCCAGAUUACCUUUACCUUUGGUAGUGGAAAUGAAUAGAAGAUUGGUUUUAGGUUAUGAAACGUUCAAGAAUGAAGUUCAAGUUCAACAAUUAAAAGCCAAGAUUUUAACCUAUAAUGAACAACUUCAACAAUUAUAUUUACCUGAUCAUCAUGUGGAAACAUUUGAUGAAAAUGCAAAAUUCCGUAAUCUUGGGGUUCUUCUUUAUAGAAUUAUCAAAUUAUUUGUUUUCGUGAUUUUAGCGUUACCCGGAGCAAUCUUAUUUUCUCCGGUGUUCAUUAUAGCCAAAAGAAUAUCAAGUCAAAAGAAGAAAGCUGCAUUAGCUAAUUCUGUGGUUAAAAUUCAAGCUAAUGAUGUAGUUGCUACAUGGAAAAUAUUGGUUAGUCUUGUGAUAGCUCCAAUUUUCUAUAGUUUCUAUGCUUCUAUAGCAGUUUAUUACUUCAAACAAUACUAUACAUACCGUUUGAAUGGAUUACUUUUAUGGUUAUCCUUAUACUGUUUCAACGUAUUAAUUACUUAUAGUGCCUUGAUCACUGGAGAACAAGGAAUGGACCUUUUUAAAAGUAUCAGACCUUUAUAUUUAUCAUUAACUGAUGGUAGUAGUAUUAAAGAAUUGAAAUCUUUAAGAAAACAAUUGAUUGAAGAUAUUACUGAAGCAGUGAAUGAGUUCGGGUAUAAAUUAUUCCCUAAAGAUUUCAAUUUAUUAGAAUUAAAUGAUGAAGAAGAAGAAACUAUCACCAUGAACCUUAAAAGAAGAAGACAAAGGAAACAAGAUUCAGUUUCAAGUUCAAAUUCAUCUUCAUCACUUAAUUCUCAAUUCUCUUCAUCAAGUUCCAUGUCUGAUGGAGUUUCAUUCAUUAAUUCUCAUAAAUCCUUCAGUAACAUUCCUGUGUUCUCAGAUUAUCAAUUGUUUGAGAAUAAGAACUCCGAUACUCCUAACUUAUCGAGAUCAGGUUCAUCAUUGGAAUUAAAUUUCAAAUCAGGGAAAUUAUCCGAUUUAAUUAAGAAUAAAAUAAGAGAGAAGAGAGAUAAAGUUGAGUAG